UCUACUUUCCAUUCAAAAACCAUUCAACAGUCAUGGAAUUUUUCCUCUUUUCUCAAAUGCCUUCAUUUUUUCAUCUUGCCUCUGUACUUGUGUUCAUCCUAAUAGUAUCCCACUCUUGUCAUGCCCAACAGGACUAUUUGGAUGCACACAACACAGCUCGCGCUAGUGUGGGAGUCGAACCAUUCACAUGGGAUGACCAGGUGGCAGCCUACGCCCAACAAUAUGCUUCCCAAUUGGCUACUGAUUGCAACCUCGUUCAUUCUCAUGGCCAAUAUGGUGAGAACCUUGCUGCCGGUAGUGGUGACUUCAUGACGGCCACGAAAGCUGUGGAGAUGUGGGUCGAUGAGAAACAAUACUAUCACCAUGACUCCAAUACAUGUGAUGAAGGACAAGUGUGCGGACAUUAUACUCAGGUGGUUUGGCGUAAUUCUGUUCGUCUUGGAUGUGCUAGGGUUCAAUGUAAUAAUGGAGGAUACGUAGUAUCUUGUAAC